AUGAUUAUUUGGACAAGUAGCUACCGACCUCUCCAUCGCAUCCCCUAUUCGCUUCGAGUGCAGGCCCUGACGAUCGCCUCCGAUUCGAGCAUCCUCGGGUCCCUGCCGGAGUCUGCGCGGCGAUCGAUUCGCCGUCGAAGCUUCCACGCGCUCGGCUUGCUUCCACGCCGCUUCGUUAGGCUCGUCGCUAGUCGUGAAUGGUGCGUGUGGACCAUCUAA